GUGAUACAGAUAGCGAUACCUAGUAUCGAAUACCCAGUACCGAGUACCCUUUGCUUGGAAUGUGGGCAGUAGUGCAAUAUAUUCUUGGUGGCAUAUCAAUAUCGCAAAAUCCACCUGCGAGUCAAAUCAAAACCAUGAAUCAAACAACAACAGCGCACGCGCAGCAGCAAAAAAAGCACAACAGCAACAGCAACAGCAGCAGCAGCAACAGCAACAGAAGUUGCAGCAACAACAGCAACAGCAACGGCAACAACAACAGCUUUGUGUGGGCGCAACGCGUUGCCUUUCAACACCCACGCGACGAACAACUGCUGGCUGCUGCGGGCUUUUGUUGUUGGCAUGAAUCAUGGCUGAAAAGAAAAAUCCAAACAAUCAUGGCUGAAAAAGAACGCACGCACAAUUUUGUCACCUCGUUUCUGGGGUUUCUGAGCGACCUUCUGUGCUGGCCACAAAAAUAUCAAAUCAAAUAUAAAAAACCAUCAAUCACUGGCCUUUUGGGCCAUUAGAUAUCAGCUAUUAUGUCUUGGGGUCUCGGUGGAUACACGAACUCAACUGAAUCCAUCGAUCAGUAGCUCAGCCACCGGAUUCCAAAUCAAGCUUUAGGUUUAAGUGUUCCAAGAACCCAACCCAAAAACA